AUGCCAUCCAACGAUGACACCCCGAAGUCCGUCAAGCGCACGGAGUACACUCUGUCCUCCUUCCUCCACGUACUCGAUUCGAUUGUUGCUGGAGCCGACGAGAUCGCCCUGCGGAGCCUCCUCGGCGUAUCCAAGUAUCUCGAUGGCAAGGCGCGUGCCCGCCUCUACAAGCACAUCGCCAUCCAACUACACACCUACACCGGCUUCCGCGGCAACACCUACGCCCGAGUCGAGUUUACCAGUCCUCAAUCCGGCAAGCGACUCCCGGGGCUUCGCUGGCCUUCCCCAUACGACCCAAGCCUCACCUACCAAGUCUUCGAAGACAUCUUGAGCUUUUCCCUCGAGCGUCUCGCCGCGAACACCAAGGUGAUUGAUCUGGGAAAAGAUGGAUGGUCCGAGUGGCCGUUGCUGGGGUUGGCCGAAAUGGCCGAGUUAUCUCUCGCACUCACCGAGGUCAAGGUCGUGCGUUACUGUGACACUUUGCAGUUCCAUGAAUGUCCCCUACUCGACCAUGUCCGAUCAUACGACGUGAUGACCCUCAAGUGCCCUGCACGUCCAACCCACGAACCAUCCCAGCUCCCGCGGUCAAAUCUUGUCCUUGGAAACUCAGUCGGACGAGUGAUCCGCACCAUCCCCUCGGCCUCUUGGGGUGGAGUCGACCUCACUUCAUUCCUGGGUCCGGUCUUUACCCGUCCCAACGGCCAUGGUGAUCAGCAAAACCAGGCCUACUUCGUUUUCCUCCCACCCGCGACGGAGACGUCCUCGCCCCAGAACAUUCGAGCCAGCCAUCUGAUCGACGACAUCUACCACAUGGUUCUCCACUAUCUACAUCCUCCUGGCAACGGUUACCAGAUCCACCUCGUCGGUUUCGAGCGUUUCUCCCCUCGCUUCCUGGGCCUGAGACUCUCUGAGGAUUCACCGUGGUCUGAAAGGAAGAUCGCACUUCUCGCGAAGGUCAAAAACCUUAUGCGCCCAUUCAUUCUGCAUCAGGUUGAACAGGGUGCAGACCUUUUCGAGGGCCUCAGUGACAACAGUUUCUUGAUCUUGGACGAGUUCCAAGAGAUGGUGGGCGACGAACUGUACGCACAAUCACUUUGGGAUUUCGAUUCUCGUCCCACUGCCCGAGAGGGGGACAACCCAAUGCCCCUUUUGCCGGCGACAAAGUGA